CCAUGGUCGGGCGAGACCGUCGCGCUGAGGAAACUGGUCCGACCACCCUGUCUAUCAGCGCGCAGGCCGUUGCGUAACGAGCAAAGUCGCCCGCUCCCGAACCACCACCAAAAGGGUGCAGCACCAGGUCAUGUUAUCGGAUAAGUUCUCGAGUAUCACUUGGCACGCUCCAAUGCAACGAUCGUGCGCCGACUUUUUCCCUAGUCGACAGAUUGCAAGUCAUGGAACGCGACUGGCCUAGCACCAAGGCUCCCAGACGCGCCGCGAGUUCUGUAUAAAGAGAAGGGCGAUCUUCCCGGAUCUUUCAGAGUCGCAGGUCUACUUCGUCAGCCCUCCCAGUACCCCAUCUCAGACCCAACCCCUGCACAUCCGCCAACAUGGGUGUCGAUCCGGAAAUCGCGCAAACCACGAGUGCCUCCAAGACUGCUGAGGUGACGUCGCAGUAUGAUGGCGAUGUGAAGCAGGGCCUUGUCGAGGGUAACGCACACUUUACUGCUGCUGAGCUCGAGAAAUACGGCCAGACCCAUCGUGGUCUCUCGCCGCGCCAUGUCCAACUCAUGGCCAUUGGAGGAUCCAUCGGCACAGGCCUGUUCGUCGGUAUCGGUGGCUCGCUUUCCAAAGCCGGUCCGCUGUCUCUGGUACUCGGGUACAUCUUCUGGGGCGCGCUGUUCGUAUGGCCGGCCUACCUGUGCGUGGCAGAAAUGUGCGCGUAUCUGCCUCUGCGUGGUGCCAUCUUCGAGCUCGCAGCGCGCUUCGUGGAUCCCGCGCUCGGAUUUGCUAUCGGCUGGACGUACUUCUUCGCCGGUGUCAUGCUGGUGUGCACUGAGUACAGUGCUGUUGCGACUGUCAUGCAAUACUGGAACACCGAUAUCAAUCCCGCGGCGUGGAUUGCGAUGACGAUGGUCGUGUGUGUAUUCCUCAACGUUGUCGCGGUGAAAUGGUAUGGCGAGUCCGAGUUUGUCAUGGCUUCGACAAAGGUCUUGUUGCUGAUCGGACUCGUUUUGCUCACCUUCAUCACCAUGCUCGGUGGCAACCCGCAGAACGACCGUUACGGAUUCCGAUACUGGACUGGCGGUAACUUGAUCCACGCGUACUAUACCGACGGCGCUACGGGGCGAUUCUGCGGCUUCUGGAGCGUGUGCAUCUACGCAGCCUUCACGAUUGCCGGACCUGACAUGAUCUGUCUCGCGGCAGGCGAGAUUCAGAACCCCAGGCGCACGAUCCCGCGCGUGGCUAAGCUCAUCUUCUACCGUCUUGUUGGAUUCUACGUCUUCGGUGUGCUGGCCGUAGGCAUCAUCUGCUCGUCCCGCGACGAGAGACUGCUUGGCGCUAUUGACUCGGGCGAGCCAGGAGCUGCUGCGAGUCCCUGGGUUGUAGGCAUCACAAACCUGGGUAUCAAGGGUCUGCCCGGCCUGAUCAACUUCCUCAUCCUCCUCUCCGGCUGGUCAUGCGGAAACGCGUACCUGUACGCCUCCUCGCGCACACUUUACGGUCUCGCACGCGACGGCCAAGCGCCCAAGAUCUUCCUCACCUGCACCAAGGCUGGUGUUCCCAUCUACGCCGUCGGCGCUGUGACACUGAUCACGUGCCUUACGUUCCUGGUCAGCUCCAACAACGCCGUCGAGGUGUUCUUCUGGUUCGUCGGACUGACGACGUGCGCACUCGUAUGCACAUACGUCGGCAUGCUGUGGACAUACAUUGGGUGGUACCGGGCGCGCGUUGCGCAGAACUUCGACGCGAGCUUGCUUCCCUACAGGGCGCCAUUCGCACCGUACACGGCGUACUUGGCGAUGGUGCUCGGUGUGUUGAUGAUCAUCUUCAUUGGGUACGAUACACUUGUGCCAUUCAGCAUUCAGGGCUUCAUCACGAGCUACUUCGGAGCAUGGUUCAGCAUCUUCGUGUUUAUUUUCUGGAAGGUGUUCAAGCGCACGUCGUUUGUCAACCCUGCCGAGGCCGAUUUCGUCACUGGAAAGGCGGCCAUUGACGAGGAGUGCAGGAAGUGGGAGGAAGGUGGCAUUGAGGAGAACCAUCGCGCAAGAAUGGCGGAAAUGCCCGUCUGGCGGAGGUGUUGGGAGAGGAUGUGGUAGACGCUC